AUGAAGAACAACACGGCGGCAGAUUCAAUGCUGAAGUUUGCAGAAGAAAAUGAGAUAUUGGUUAGAGGUCAUACAGUGUUAUGGGACGACCCAAAGAUGCAACCAAGUUGGGUGAAAAAGAUAAAAGACCCUGAAGAUUUGAUGAACGUGACACUGAACCGGAUAAACUCGGUUAUGAAGAGAUACAAAGGUAAGGUGACCGGGUGGGAUGUGGACGAAAAUUUGCAUUGGGAUUACUUUGAGAAAAUGCUUGGUGUAAACGCUUCAUCAAGAUUCUAUAAUCUUGCUUAUAAGCUAGAUCCUGAUGUGACAUUGUUUGUUAACGAGUACAACACGAUUGAGAACCCUGGAGGGGUUACUGCGACGCCGGUUAAGGAGAAGAUGGAGGAGAUUCUUGCAUACCAAGGAAACGAAAACAUUAAAGGAGCAAUUGGUGCUCAGGGUCACUUUAGUCCAACUCAGCCUAACAUAGCUUACAUGAGAUCUGCAUUGGAUACUUUAGGCUCACUUGGUUUGCCUGUAUGGAUUACAGAACUUGAUAUGCCUAAAUGCCCUAAUCAGGCCAAAUACAUGGAAGAAAUUCUGAGGGAAGCGUACUCGCAUCCUGCGGUGGAAGGCAUCAUAAUAUUUGCAGGACCUGAGGUGUCGGGUUUGGACAAGCUGACACUCGCGGACAAGGACUUCAACAACACGGAGACAGGAGAUGUAAUUGACAAGUUGCUCAAGGAGUGGCACCAAAAAAAUUCAGAGAUCCCAAAUAUUUUCACGGUGGACCACGAGAACGAAAAGGAAGAUGUCUCACUGUUGCAUGGACUUUACAACGUGAAUGUAAGUCAUCCACAGAUAAAGAACUUGUCCACCAGUUUGUGCUUGGAGGUAACUAAGGAGAUGGGUCAACGUCAGGUGGUUAGACUUGUGAUUAAUGCUUAA